AUUUCGUACUGAUUGUUAUACCGUUUUGUCAGUAUUGAUAUAGUGAACAGUAUCAGAGGAGAGGCACAGCUUCCCAGAAGAUUGUUUACCCUGCAAGAGAAACGCCGUCUGCCACUCCUGCAGUAGUAUCAAAAGGCGCAAUGAGUUCAGUAAAAAAUCUUGUUACGUUCCCAGCGCUAAGUGAAGUCACAGAUGCAGCGGUCCGGUCUCCGAUGGAGCGAGAUACACAAAAGGCAAGUGAUGGCGACGAAUCACACGGGAACGGCAUCGAAGCAUUCAAUCUGCUGAAGACUCUCGGUAAGGGCAGUUACGGCACUGUAUAUCUCGCUGAGAAGAAGAAGAACAAGGACCAAGUGUACGCUAUCAAGGUGCUACAGAAGCAUACGGCUAUCGAGAAGAAUAUUGUAAGGAGAACCAUCAGUGAGAAGAAAGUUCUGGCUAUUGCGGGUCGCCAUAUGUUUUGUGCGAAAAUGUUUGAGUGUUUUCAAACUGCCAGCAGGCUUUUCUUCGUUAUGGAGUAUAUCGGCGGCGGAGAUCUAUGGUUUCACUUGGAAAAAGAAAGAAGUCGCCGUUUUGGUGAGUCCACAACUCGCUUCUACUCCGCUCAGAUAGCGUGCGCCCUACUUCAUCUGCACCGUUCAGGAAUCAUUUACCGUGAUCUGAAACUUGAAAACGUCAUGCUGAGCAGUGAUGGACAUAUCAAAAUAACAGACUUCGGUGGGAGCAAAGUAACCCUGGGAGCCACAACAUCAACAUUCGUCGGCACGACUGAAUAUAUGGCCCCGGAAAUGGUCAGAAGGACAGCUUACAACGCGUCUGUUGACUGGUGGGCUCUUGGCGUUCUGAUGUUUGAGAUGAUGUUUGGCUGUGUGCCCUUUAGAGGCGCAACAACAGAGGUGAUAUUCCGAAACAUUGAAGCCCAGCCGGUGAUAUUCCCAGACACCAACUGCAGUAAACAUUGCGAAAGCGUGUUGCUGAGUUUGAUGCACAAAACUGUUAAGCAGCGUCUGGGAUGCACGGCUGGGUCGCAGGUACAAACGCAUCCGUUUUUCGAGUCAAUACGGUGGGAGGCGCUAGAAAGGGGCGACAUCAAUCCGCCCUUUAUCCCACCGUUUGACUCGAAGACGGACACAUCAAACUUUGACACGGAAUUUACGGACGAGGUCGCCGUUCUCGAGCCCAUUGACGAAUGGAUUGUGGCCCGGAUCGACCAGUCUAAAUUCAGAGACUUUGACUUAAGAGAUUAGCAUUGCAUUCCGUGGAGCCAAAUUAGGUUAGCCGACACACGGUUUCGUUACUUAACAGCUCCAGUUGUUAUUCAAACUGUGCUCUUUACCGCCUUACCUAGGAAAAUCUCCGCUGCAUGUGUUUGCUAUAUUCAUUGACUGAGAAAUAUUUGCUGUGUGCCACAGGCUUCCAGGGUGCGAUUGGUGGAAAGUUUGCCAUUUUAGCGUGGCCAUUUCUUAAUCUGUUGCUGAUGUUGUUGUUGUUGUCGUCGUCGUCGUUGUCGUCGUCGUUGGUUUUGUUGUUGGUUUUGUUGUCGUUGUUGUUGGUUUUGUUGUCGUUGUUGUUUUUAUCGUUUUUGAAGUAUUAAUUCUCACGAUGGCACCAUCGCCAAUAGGAUUUUUGGUAUUGUUGUUGUUGUUGUUGUUGUUGUUGUUGUUGUUGUUGUUGUCUUCGUCGCCGUUAUGGUAACAAAGAUUGGGCAUUGGGCAUUGUUUUUUUUCAUUUAUCAUUGUUUCGAUUCAUGUCUUUUUCGUUCAUUCUUUGAUUCUUAGUACUGUAUAGGUUAGUAUUUUCGCUGGUCUACAGCUCUUCAUUUUUGGCCACCGUGAUCCUGCUUUUCAACUUAGCUCCGCUGUUCAUUUUUAUGCUUCCACAAUACCAUCUUGUCAUUGGUGACAAAAAACUGGUUUUCUCCCUGCUACUGCGUCUGCCUGUGCGAGCUAUAUUUUUUCUAGGCGGUCUGGGUCCAGGGGCAUAAUUAUGUGCAAUCAGCUGCUGCAAAGGAACGUCUAUUGAGAUUUUCAAGUGGCUAGUCACUAAUCAAUGCGUUCAUGGCGUUGCUAACCUUCCUUCAUCUUUGGCGUGCUUUGAUUUCAUUGACCCUUUUUACUAGUAGGCUUUACCCAAGUCAGCCGGCCGAAAACGAGACCGAUUGAAAAAUGGCUAAGCUUUAUAUCGCUAAUUUUAGAGGAUUGCUUUGAGACCCGCCGAAAAUCUACCAAAUGUUGCAAAUUGUGUUUUCGAACGAAUGUUGCUUCCAAAAUCUCAACUAUUUUGAACUCAAUAUGCCAACAAUUUAGUCAGUUUUGAGUGUCACCUGUGUCCCUGCCCUCCCACCCUUCAUUUCUGUGCAUAAUUAAUAUCUCAACAAUCGACGUAAUAUUGCCGUACUAAUUCCAUGGAGAACGAGCAGACUAAUCUAGUUCCCCUCUCGGAGGCAAGGAGAGACAGGAGGAAGCACAAGCACGGCACAGAACAAAUCAAGGAGAGGGAAGCGGUGUCGCGAGGAGAUGGAGACUGAUGAUAACGAAUACGAGGACGAUGGGAUGGACGGCGGCAUUGGAGUGGAGGUGGAGGAUGAGAUAAGUGAUGAGGAGGUGUUUGAUGUUGACAAGAGGAAGUCUGCAGUGUACAAGUAUUUGGUGUCCAGUCCAGAAUGUCGUAAGGUGUUUCACAAUUCAAGGUUUAGUGUUAAUCGAAGCUGUGUAUAUUCUUACUCGGACCCUGUGCUAUGUAAACAGAAAGAAAACGUUGUAUCACUCACACUCUUCAAGUAAUACACACGCACCAUUACAUUCAUUCACACAGUAUCCAUUCAUCUGCCACUACCUUUCUCACACACACUAUAUUCACACAUUGCAAAGAUGCAAACUUCGCUUUUUGUACUUGCUGGCUGCUGUAUGUUUACAUGAAACCAUAUUAGCUACAUGUAUAUAAGUGUGCGUUUUAGUUAUUACAUUUUAUGUGACGGCGUUCCACUGAUGACAGUCACAAGAAAACGGUAUGGAACUUAACUUUCUUCAAUUUUUGCUGUUGUUAUGAAUGCACAAGUUAUCUUAUUUAUCGCCAUUCUUAAUAUCAUUGCUUUUUUAUCACUUUGUGCCGUGAUGUGAUUGCCAUGCCUACAGGAUGCCUAAUCGCCAUUGGGGAUAUACACCCGGUUUUUUCCCUCACAACUGCGUCCGUCGGCGCGAGGGUUUUUUCCCGGCUGGCUCGGUCCAGGGAAAUUAAUCUGACGGUCCCAAGUGGUUCUGCAUUAUUGCCUAUUUCUGCCAUCCACUGGCACGCCUAUUCUAUCUUAGACACUGCGUUCUCAGUCCUUGC